AUGGCCGACCGAUUCCCUUCCCUAGACGAGUUCGAUGCCGGUAAGAGAUGCUAUCACAUGCAGAACCGGAGACAUAUUGACCACCUCCAUCUAGGCAAACUCGAACCCCAGGGUCAGUCAUCACUGGAUGGCAUCGAUGAACCUUCCGACUUCCUCGCCCGCGAACGCGCAGCGCUAGGAGAGGACGCCGAACAAUUCACAAGCGCUCAAGAUAGUCUCGCGACCGUCGCCGACGCUGACGACAAUGACGACUUACUCGGCGGAGGUGGCUCUGCUCCCACAAACGGCGCCAGCGCAGGAGGUGACAUGAUGGGCGACUUCGAAUCCUCUUUUCCAGUAGUCGACACGCAGAAUGAUGCUGUUGCCCCCGGCGGCACAAUCACAGGCUCAACAAUGCCAUACCGCGCACCUGAGGCAUCUGUGUACCAAGAACAUGAGGACGAGUCAGAGGUGGUGCGAGAAUGGCGUGAGCGCCGAGAUCUCCAAAUCCAGCAUCGCGAUGAGUUGUCAGCGUCGAAGAAGGCGCAGACAGUCAAAGCUGCCCAAGAGGCAAUCGACGAAUUCUACGAGAACUACAAUAACAAGAAGGAGAAGCAGGUUGCACAGACGCGGAAAGAAGCUGAGGAAUUCCUCAAGAACCGGGAAGAUACAACAUCUGGCGGCACGAGCUGGGAACGCAUUGCGAAACUGGUGGAUCUGAGCGGCAAAGGCUCGUCUGGUGGUGCAGCUGGCAGCGGAAAGGCGAAGAUGAGGGAGCUUCUUCUGAGCUUGCGCAAGGAUCAGAGUGCGCCCGGUGCGUCAGGUGUCUGA